AUGAAUGAAAACAGUAAACAUAUAUGGUUGUCACUUGUGAUCAUUUCGAUAUUAUUCGUUGAACGGGUAACAGUUGUUGAAGUGGACGAUGAAGAACCGAUACCAUCUUCUUUAUAUGGUCCUAAUGAUCAUAUAACUAUAUUAAAUAGCAAUAACUUCGACAGGAAAGUAUACAAUAAGAAUCAGGUGUUUUUCGUAGAAUUUUUCUCGAGUUGGUGUGGUGCUUGUAUUGGAUAUGCUGCAACAUAUAAACAACUUGCAAAACAACUACUACAGUGGAGACCUCUUGUUCAAAUUGCAGCCGUGGAUUGUGCUGAUAAUCAAAAUUUAGGAUUGUGUCGAGAGCAUAAUAUUGAUGCUUAUCCAUCUAUCAAAUAUUUCAAAUAUAUGUCAACGGGUCCAAAUGAUGCCAUAAAAUAUGCAGGAAAUAAGGAUAAUUUAAAUGAAGUAGCACUGGAUAUUGCCCAUUUGGUGUAUAAUGACUGGAUAUAUCAAAGACCUGCAAAAUGGCCAAAUUUUCAGGCCAGUGAUAAUUAUGUUAGACUUAACGAUCUUUUAAAUACAAUGCCACCUACUGCCUCAUUGUUGGCUUUGAUCGUUGAAGACAAUCCAUCGAGGAUAGCAUGGGCGAUAAUGAUAGCAUUUGCAAAUGAUAGUCGAAUUCGUGUAGCGCAGAUACAACGUAAUAAUCCAAUAGCGCGCCAAUUUGGUAUUACAGCAACAUUAGGAAAUUCACGAUUGUUCCUACUAAAAAGGGGCCAAGAAACUCCACUUUAUGUCUCAAUAGAAUACAACACUUGGUUUGAUAUGCAAAAUAAGAUUAAUGAAUAUUUGGCACAGAUUCCUAUAAUAGAUAUACCUAAAUUGUAUCAGAACGAAGUAAUACAAGAUGUGAAGGCAACCAAUGAAACGGUGCAGGUCACUUGGAGUCAGUUUGAAGUACAAAUGAUGGAUAUCAUAACUGCACUUCGUUAUAUUUUAAUGGCUGAAAUACCGAAGAAUUCUAUUAUCAAAGGUGAGAAACUUAUGGCACUGAAAUUAUGGGUCCGUGCGAUGAAAAAGUAUAUGCCGGGAACAAUUCCUAUACGAAAAUUGUUGUACAGGUUAGAUUGUUGGCUUAACAAUGUAUCAGAUGAACUCACUUCUGAACAGUGGUUAAAUAAAGUAAAGACUAUUCAGGACCAGUUAGGUCAACCACUCCCAAGUACAACCAAUUAUAUGGCUUGUCGUGGAUCAAAAAGUUAUUUCCGAGGAUUUUCUUGUGGAGUAUGGACAAUAAUACAUGCGAUGAGUGUUCAGGCAUAUAAAAUUGAAAAAGACAAUCCAAAUUUUAAUGCUAGAAAUGAUCUGAUCGAGCCAUUCCAUCAUUUUAUAUGGAAUUUCUUCGGUUGUUCCGAAUGCGCGACUCAUUUUCACGAAGGAAUUUUGCGACAAAAUAUGACUGCAGUUGUCACACCGGCGGAUGGUGUAAUGUGGUUGUGGAUGACACAUAAUAUCGUCAACAAGUAUAUCGCCAGCAAAGCGUCAGAAGAUCCGGCCUUCCCCAAACAGCAAUUUCCACCAGUUUCAUUAUGUCCACAAUGUAGAAAGCAAAAUGGAGAAUUUGAUCUGGAAGCUGUAUUGGAUUUCAUGAUUAUCUAUUAUAGUAACUUGAAGAUCGAUGGUCUGAGGUCUAUGCCUGGAUACAAAGUGAGUAAUUUUGAAGAUGGCAAGUUGGUAGCUGUUGAAACGAAGCAUUUGAAUCCAAAAUUCCAAAUUGGUGCAUUUAAUGUUGACUCCAUAGAAGAAGCUGAUCGGAAGCUCAUGAGAUGGGAAUCGAUUGAGAAUGGAGCUGACGUAAUGCUUCAAUUGAUUAACGUAGCGAGCCAUGCAUAUCGUGAAGAAAAUUCAUGUGAUAUCGAGUCACUGAAUCAAAUCAUUUCUUGA